AUGCCAGCCCAACAGGCUCGGAUUAUGAUGUCGAAUUUGGCUUUGACUCCGCUGGGCUUAUGGAUUAUGAGGCCCCCAAAAGAUGAGGCCCUGUGUUGUGGGUCUGACCAACACAGGGUCUGGGCGGGGCCUGUUCAUAAGGCCAAUACUACGGUGCCGCGAUUUCUGAUUGGGCCACGUGGCUGUGAUGUGGCAGUGGUAAGGGUAGUGUUUAUCCUUGAAGGAUCCGAAGAACUCUCUUUGGCUCAUGGAGAUGAUAUUCAGCAUGACAUACUUACUGAGAAUGCUGAUACAGCUGCCCAAAGUCAAAGUACUGGUCAUUCCCGUGAAAAUACGGGGAUGUCGCUCUUGAACGUUAAUGUUCCUGGAAACAUAGAGGAUUGGGGGUUUCAUGAUUUGAAGGAGGUAACAUUUGAUUCUGUUGAUGAAGCUGAUAACUUUUACAACAAUUAUAGCAAGAAGAGGGAAGCAAAGGCGGUGACUAGAUUCGGAUGUCUUGCUUCGUUCAAGGUGAAAUUUGAUAAAAAAGAUGGGAAGUACAAGGUAGAGGAGUUUGUUUCCGAGCAUAAUCAUGAUAGAGUUGGACCUGAACAAGUGCAGUUCUUAAGGUCUCAUCGGUCACUGAAUGAGGGUGAUAAGGCACAAGUGGAGUCACUGCGAGGGGUGGGUGUGAAACCGAGUCAGAUAAUGGAUUUGAGGGUAAAUGAAGUAGGUGGCUAUGACAACGUCGGUUUUACUCUUAAGGAUUUGUACAAUUUCGUGGAUGGAGGUAAGCACCCAAGUGUUGUGAUUACCGAUGGGUGUAUGUCAAUGAAGAGGGCCAUUAAGGAGUUGAUCCCUGGUGCUUCUCAUAGGAUUUGUUGCUGGCACUUGAGAAGGAAUGCAGAAUCGAAUGUUAGUCCAAAGGAGUUUCUAAAAGUAUUUGACAGAUUGUUAAAACGGAUUGACUCGGUUGAUGAAUUUGAGGAGGUAUUGAGGAAAGUUGUUCCAUCUUCUUUGGUGGUGAAACGAUGGUCCAAGGAUGCUAAGAAAGAGUGUCAUGUGCAAUCAGUCCACCCAGAGCUGCAAAAUGAAGAGUUACAUGCUAUGGUGAGAUCUGGUCAAGAUGUUGAAGCUUGUUUGAUGGCGGCGAGACUGGAGGAAGUUAAACAGUAG